UUUUACAACGAGGACCUAAUUCAAUGUGGCACAAGUGUUACGUCUGUUUCUCUCCGUGGAACAUGUUGGUGUCCGGCGGUGACUGACAGGAGCUUCUUCUUCUUCUCAGGUAUCUGCGCGUCAAACAUCACGAACACAUAAAACACGUUUAAUAACCGAAGUAACGCGAAUAGCGGUAUUAGCAUGUGAGCUAAGCUAGGAAGCUCUCCAGGUCACCUCGUGAUUCUGGGUUUUCAGUAACGCACAUGCGCAGUACGACGCAACUGGUGAGAUGAAGAGUGAUCUUUCUAAUAAAUUUAAAUGACUAGUGAUCGAUAUGUUUGAUGGGGAGUGAUCACACAUGAUGUAUUGAGGCUCAAGCAGCUUAUUGAAUGUGUUAAUAAGCAAAGUUACUUUUUAAAUGCAGUUUGGUGAUUUUUCUGGAGGAAACCCAACGGAUUGGUUCUUGAAAGUAUUUCAUGUAUUGAUGAGUUGAUCGGCUGAAGAUUAAUCGGCAACAGCUCUGCUAUCCAUUGAUCCAUAAUACGGUGACUUUGAUUAGCGAAGAUAACAUCCUCUCCGGGUUCUCCCGGCGUAUUGAAGAUGACUCAGCCGGGCGCCAUGCUGCUCCUGCUGCGGCCGCCGCGCUCCGUGAUCCUGACGCGCUGCGUCCGCGCGCUGCGGCUCGCCGCCUCCGGGACGCCGCGCUCCGAGGCCGAGCGCCUCCUGCGGCGCCGGCUCCUCCCGCCCGCGCGCCUCCGCCCGCCGAGCCGCGGCGCCAAGAGCGGCGGCGGCGGCAAGUCGGAGAGCCGGCAGCCGGAGUGGAGGAGCCGGAACAAGACGGCGCUCACGUACAUCGCCGCCGCCGGCGUGGGGAUGGUCGGCCUGUCGUACGCCUCGGUGCCGCUGUACCGCCUCUACUGCCAGGCCUCCGGGCUCGGCGGCACCGCGGUGGCCGGACACUCGGAGCAGGUGGAGGCCAUGACGCCGGUGAAGGAGCGCGUCAUCAGGAUCUCCUUCAACGCCGACACGCACGCCAGCCUGCAGUGGAGCUUCAGACCCCAGCAGACCGAGAUCUACGUGGUUCCGGGUGAGACGGCCUUGGCGUUCUACCGAGCGAAGAACCCCACCAACAAAGCCAUCAUCGGGAUCUCCACCUACAACGUGGUUCCCUUCGACGCGGGCCAGUACUUCAACAAGAUCCAGUGCUUCUGCUUCGAGGAGCAGCGCCUGAACCCCCACGAGGAGGUGGACAUGCCGGUCUUCUUCUACAUCGACCCCGGGUUCGACGAGGACCCCCGGAUGGCCCGCGUGGACACCAUCACGCUGUCCUACACCUUCUUCGAGGCCAAGGAGGGCCAGACGCUCCCGCUGCCCGGGUACAGCUGAGGGGCCGGGAGCCGGGUCCUGGUUCAGAUCUCAGAGACAAGGAGGAAAACAAGACUACUUUUUUUGUGCUUUUAAUUUGAAAAAACACAGACUUUUACACUGAAAAUCCAAUUAGGAAAUUGAGUUAAGUGAGAAAAAUACAAUAUUUAGAUAUUAUUUUAAUCCUCAAAGAAUCUGAACUCCGAUUUUUAUAUAUACAUAUAUAUAAAAAAUUAUCAGAUAUACUAUAUGUUUGUGUUAUUGUUAUAGAUGUAUGUAUAUAUAUUUAUAUAUAUAUAUAAAUCUGAUCAUUAUUGCUGCAGAGAAUUGUGCUAAAGAUGAAUAAAUAAAGACGAUGGACUGAAUCUGCCUUUCAGCUUUUUAAUAAGUUAAAAUUGAACAUUUAGAAUCCUUUUGUUUCUUUUGUUCAUUUCAUGACUUCAGAUUUAAUAACUCAACUUUAAUUGUUUGUUCCACAAAAUAAAUGCAAGAAAAAAAGAUUGUAAAACAUC